GCACUUGCACACGAAAAUGGUGGCACUGUUGAGGCUUAACACCCUGGUUUCACUUUCAGGUUUAUGUCCAACAAGACAUUAUUGUUAUUAUUCGAGGAAACCAAGGUUACCCUUCAGAAUCAGAAUGGCAUCAAUCACUGAAACUGCUUCAGCUUCCAAAGUCAUCUUGGAUUCUCAUCUCCAUGUGUGGGCUUCCCCUCAUGAGGCUGCUACAUUCCCUUACCAUCCUGGACAAGAGCCCACUUUAGCAGGACAUGCUGAUUUUUUACUUCAGUGUAUGGAGGAAGCAGGAGUAGAUAGUGCACUCAUUGUGCAGCCAAUUAAUCAUAAAUUUGAUCAUAAUUAUGUCACAAGUGUUUUGAAGAAAUAUCCAACCAAAUUUGUUGGGUGCUGCCUUGCUAAUCCAGCUGAUGAUGGCAGUGGGCUUAGGCAGUUUGAAGAUCUUGUUUUGAAGGAUGGUUAUCACGCCGUGCGGUUUAACCCUUAUUUGUGGCCAUCUGGCGAGAAGAUGACAAAUGAAGUUGGAAAGGCAAUGUUUCAAAAGGCUGGAGAACUCAAAGUACCAGUGAGCAUCAUGUGUAUGAAGGGGCUUGAUUUGCAUAUUUCAGAAAUUGAACAAUUGUGCACAGAAUUUCCCUCAACAAUUGUGAUACUUGAUCACUUGGCCUUCUGCAAACCACCACUAACUGAUCAAGAACAGCUUAUCUUUUCUAGGCUCUUAAAUCUAUCUAGAUUCCCUCAAAUGUAUGUGAAAUUUAGUGCCCUUUUCAGAGUUUCAAGAGAGAAACAUCCUUAUCUGGAUUUGUCAACUAUCUUAUCUCAAAUUGUCUCUAGCUUUGGUGCUAACCGUGUAAUGUGGGGCAGUGAUUUUCCAUUUGUUGUUCCUGAAUGUGGUUACAAAGAGGCCAAAGAAGCUGUCAAUCUAAUUGCCAAUAAGGCAUCUCUUUCUCCAUCUGAUUUGGAGUGGAUCAUGGGGAAAACAGCCACACAACUGUUCCAAAGCCACUCAGCAUCUUAAAACUUGGAAUAAUAGAAAACUAUUGUUGCUUGUUAGCAAAAUUUUUCAGCUAGUUUGGAGUUUAAUAUAUACAAUUCUGUGUUGAAUGUAAUAUAUACAAUUGUAACAAUUCAAGCAUAUUUCCUCCUUAAUCA